AUGAGGCUUUUCAGAAGUAAUAACUUGCUAUGUUUUUAAAACAGAAAUUCUGGUCUUUUUUAGAAAUCUAAAGAGGGGGAGAUUAUUUUAAAGAAACUUUAACAUUUUGUGGAGAUUAUACAACUUUUAGGAAGUGGGUUUUAUCAAGCGGUCUGACACGGCUGAUCCGCUUAAGGUUUAUUGAUGGAAAGUGUCGGGAGGGGAUAACUUUAUCUCGAACUGUGAGGUUAAAAUCGAAUUUUAAAACCGCUGCGAGUUUCGUCCUCGCCCGGAAAUAAGAGAAAGGUAAUCAGUUAGAAAAACGCUUCAGCGAGAAGGUGGGUCGAUAGCGGAUCAAUAAGCAUUUCGCCAAGAUAAUGUACACGGCGGCGAGCACCUUCCCGAGAUGUCAGGUACGGGGAGACAGAUUAGAGCGACGGCAGAGGUCGAAGUGUUAGAUCUAAGUAAAGCGAACAAGUCAUCCCUGCGUGAGCGCUGGGGAUAUCACGGGUCGAAACAGUUCCCGCAUUUUAACGGCUUCGCUCGGAAGGAGAAACUACGGGGAGAGGAACUUGUAGCGAGCGUUUACAUGAGGAUGCCUGCAAUCAAGAAGGAGAAAGCCGAUGGGGAAAUGGUCACUCGGGGGCUGCUGGACAGUCUUCCCGAAUAUCUGGCCCCUCUGUCCAUCCCAAUGGUGACUCCACACCCUGCGCCUUACGACCACAUCUUCAGCCGGCGCCAGCGUGCCUUCCUGGGUCUCCCCGAGGCUGCCCACCCGGGCGACCUGAUGCUAGAGCGCUUCCAUUCCGUUCCAGAUUUCCAGCCGAUCUUUGACAACGGGGAGCCCUGCAUCGAAGUGGAGUGCGGAGAAAACAAAGCCCUCCUCUACAUCCAUAAACUGUGCCAAGGCAGCAAGGGACCCUCCAUCCGCUACCGGGGCGAGUGGCUGACCCCCAACGAAUUUCAGUUCGUCAGCGGCAGGGAGACAGCCAAGGACUGGAAACGGAGCAUAAGGCACAAAGGGAAAAGUUUGAAGACACUUAUGUCAAAGGGAAUCUUACAGGUACAUCCACCAAUCUGUGACUGUCCCGGCUGCCGAAUUUCAUCUCCGGUGAAUCGGGGACGCUUGGCUGAGAAGAGGACCAUUCCCUUGCCGCCAACGAGGAUUCCUAAGAAGGAACUGCCCUCUGCUUUUUCCCACAGCGACGACAGUGAAGAGAGCGAGAAAGCAAAUGGUGGUCACCCCCCUGAGAUAAAGCGGGAAGAGGAUUUCCAGACAAGCACCAUGAAACGAAGAUUGGACGCUUAUGGCCAGCAGAGAGAGGAGAUUUUCAACCCUUCAAUCUGUACUUCCUUGCACCCCGAUCCCAGAGGUGAAAGCCGAGAAAGCGAUCUCUCAACCAUCAUUUCCAACCUGCAUCAGAGUCGUCAGCUCGUUAUGCCAGAGAGCCAGAAUCGGAAUGAGAUAAAGAGAAACGGUGUGGACUUGCUCCCAGGGCAGGCAGAUGACAUUUUAGGAAAGCGAAGAGUAUGUUCACCAAAUAACAACAGUGAGUGUCCAGAAGUCAAAAGGCGAAGGAGUGAAUCACCAAAGGAGAAGUGUCAGACGCCACUAAUCGAGGAGCAGAUUAUUCAGAUGACCCCCGAGGAACACUACAGACGGAUGUUGUCGGCACUAAACGAUCACGGGACGUAUGAGGAGCAGCAGCAACGCUUGUACCAGCUGGCCAACAGUAUGGGCGUGCCCACCCACGGAGACCUGCUGAGAGUUCGGCAAGAGGCAGCCAGCGCUGUUCGCACAUCCAGUGCCAUGGAGGCUCACAUUCCGUCGUCAAGCAGCUCGUCAAGCCAGCGGAGGAAGCAGGGGCUCCCCCAGCACAGAGACGCACAUUUUAAUGAGAGAGAAAUGACGCACACAAACCCUUUGCUUUCACCCCAGAACGCUCCGCACAUUGCUCUCGGACCCCACCUCCGGCCCCCCUUCCUUGGGGUGCACUCAUCGCUCUGCCAGACCCCAGGUUACAGCUUCCUGCAGCCCGCCCAGGCUGAAAUGUUCGCUCGGCAGCAGGAAGUGCUGCGGAAACAGAACCUGGCAAGAAAUGUUCCAGUGAUCCGAUUGGCUCCCGCAAAAGAACAACACUGGCUGGAGAUGUCCGCAGAGCUUCUACGGCAGAAGGAGUUUGAGACUCUCCACCGUCAGCGGAUUCUGGGGGCCGACCCCCUCUCUCUUCACCCCGGCCUGCCUCCGGACCACCCCGCCCUGCGCAGCGUCCACGACAUUCCCGAGGGCCACCCGCUGCGGGAAGAGAUCUCCCGCCGGAACGCCAUGCUGGUGCUGAGGCACAGCACGGCCCCGCUGCUGUCCCUGAACCACUCCAUCCCUGGUGGCGCGCCGCCAAAGGAGCCGGGACGCAAGGGCGCCAGGAAGGCGGCCCACCUCCGGGCGGAUGUCCCGUGCGCCGGCGAGUUCAAGGAGCACGGCGAGGGCCGGGGGCGGGAUCCUGUCGCCGAGGGCAACGACGAGGAGAUGAAGGACUCUGAGAGCGACCUGGAGGGCAGCGACGGCAAGCCGGAGAACCUGAAGGCCGAGUCGGCCGGGUCGACCCAUGAAUUCAAGGACAAGGACGCGGUGAGGCCCAGUGAGGGCGCCAAGGAGAUCCGUGAGCCGGUGGUCAGUCAGAACCCGCCAUGCGUCUCUGUGGGAGCCGACUCUCCAAGUCACAUCCUGGGCCCUGGCAUCAACGAAAGCAAAACAAAGUACCUCCCUCCAGCUCCAGCUCCUCUGCCACAGCCACUUCCAUUUGGAUUCCCGUACACUGCAAAUCCGUACUUCCAAACAGGCAGCAUUGGUAGCCUCUUCCUCGACGCGGAGGACAGCGCGCCUGUAGAGGACAUCAGCAAGUGGACGGUUGACGAUGUCUGCAACUUCAUCACCAACCUCUCAGGCUGCACAGAGUACACACAGGUGUUCAGAGAACAGGCUAUUGAUGGAGAAACGUUACCCCUGCUAACGGAGGAGCAUUUACUGAACACGAUGGGGCUGAAGCUGGGACCAGCACUAAAAAUCAGAGCGCAGGUUGCCAAAAGGAUUGGGCGGGUUUUGUACAUGGCCAGCUUCCCGCUGGCAAUGCCACUUCCGCCCGCUGCUCUGAGACCACCCGAGAGGGACCUCCCUCACGCUGAGAACCGGCCCUCCUCCACCGGCAGCGUGGCCUCGCCGUACGCCAGCAUCCCAGCCAGCCGCAUCUCGCCGAAGCAGGAGAACGGCAACGCGUCUGCCAUGGGGAUCGGCGAUGUCGGCAAGCCGCAGUUGUGAUCGCGCCGUCUGCUCCGGCGACAGAAGUGAACGUGCCGUUUCGCAAAACCAAAGUAUUUAUUCGGAGCGCCAACUUCACUGGUCGGCUGCAUUUCCUCAACAACAAACACUCUGGCUUCUAAACGCACGAAAUAAAAAACUCCAGUCUGUUCCACAGCAGAAUCCGCAGCAAGGAGGCCUGCAAAAACGGACAAAGAAGUACAAAGAGACAAGUGUUGGAAAGAAGAGUACGAUCAGACUGGCCUCCCACAAAAGAAGCUGCUCCUUUCUGCUUGGAGCUGCAAGAUGUGUGGACCUUUCUCCCUCUUCUCUUACACAGGAAUGAAGCGCAGAGGUUGCAGGAUUGAAAUACCCUGCACAGUGCACUUGUACCAAAAAAAAAUUCUGUCACAGACUUAAAAUAUUCAGUGUAAAACUAACAGAUUUCACAAGCGCUUACUAUGACGAGGAGCUUGAGGUAUGGCAGCGUCUAUGCAUUUGUCCAGUACUAAACCAAAGAUGACGGUGAUUGGUCGGUAUUUACAAGUGGUACAGUACUUUUAGUUUAUAUUUUUUGCCUAUUGGACACAAUUUAAAAGUGCCUCACUAUAGAGGUUUGAUCACUACUUGCACACCUGUGUGUCUGUACACAUGCAAAUACACACACAUACGCGCACACGUACAUACACGCACACACACACACACACACACACUUGACAGGACUAUGGGUACACAUGUACCAGAGAUUAUUUAAAGAUGACCAUUUCUAGAUUUGUGGCUACCCAAUACCUGUACAGCGAAUUAUUUGAACGAAGCUAGUCGCAGAACUCAUUUCGGUACUCAUUUUUUUCCCCCUUUUUUUUUCUUCUGUUGUUGUGUAGUUUGCACGUUUUUCUGGAUUUUUUCGGGUGGGAGGGAAGGGGUCGGAAGUGUAAACUGCCUGGGACGUUCCUUGUCUUUUACUCCUGAUGGAUGCUUUAAAGCGAUCAACAUAAUUGGAGAUUUACGUUAUUUAUGGAGAUUUUGUUUGUAGGUUGAAUACUGUUUAGCGCAAUAUAUAGAGAUUAAUAUUCAUCCCUAAAAGGGUGAGAAGUAUGAAAAAAAUUUAAAAAGUUGUUGUUCCUUUAUAUGGUUUUGGCCACUGUGUCAAAUUAUUGUUUAUCUUCCUGCAGCAGUAAACUAUGAGAAUAUGGUGAUUUGUAAGAUAAUUUUAGCCGAUUUGUUGAUUUGCUUUUAUUCUUGUCCUUCACUUUUCGUGAAAUAAAAUACCACCUCCCCACUAAAAAAAAUCACCCUAACUGAGCUGGCGUCUUGUUGGAUGGUUUAUGCACGAUGGGAUCUGUUAUGGACACCCAUCUCUCUUAGUUUAGAUUAGGUUAGGGCGGUAUGGUAGUGUAGCGGUUAGCGCUAUGCUGUACAGCACUGUCUUUAAAAGACUGAUGUUCGAUUCCUGCCGCUGCAGGCAAGGAAUUUGUAUGCUCUCGGGUUUCCCUGCGUGCCUCAGUUUCCUCCCAUAUUCCAAAGAUGUACAUUUAGGGUUGGUAAGUGGUGGGCAUGCUAUAUUGGUGCACGGCGACAGUUGCAGGCUGCCCCCAGAACAUCCUCACUGAUUUGAUUUGAUGCAGAAAGUAUGUUUCACUCUAUGUUUUGAUGUACAUUUGACAAGUUAAGCUAAUCUUUCUAUAAGAGAGUCUAAAAUCUUUAUUUGCCACAUUGAGACAUCAAAGCAUACAUCUUUUGUAGCCUGGGAAAAUUACACUCGCAGGACAAUAAAUACUUUCUUGGGUAUUUAAUUCCUUUAUCUGGUUUAGAUGUUUUAAAGCAGAAAGAGGGUAUCGAAACAAAAAUGACAAAAUGAAAUUUAAAAAAAAAACAGUUCCCGCUCUUACAAUCUCAGCUUAAUUUCAGACCCACCCUUGUUAGGUAUGCAGUAUGAAAAUAAUUAAAACAAAAUAUACAAAACCAAUAUGGCAAUGGCAAUUCUAAAAAAAACAAUACAAACAACCUUAGAAUCCCACCAACCCUGUACCUUAUAUACAACAUCGAAAAUAUGAAUAAAUACAUCUCAUCU